CCACAAUCAUUUAUUUUUUCACGAGUUAGAUAAAUUUGAUGUAAUGAAGUUUAAAACGAAAUGUAACUUGUAUUCGUUCUAAACAAACAAAUGUCAUUUUGCUGCCGCUUUGAUUUAGGUUUAGUCUAACGUCCAGCCAAAUUCUAUAGUUUUGUAGCUUUCAGGAGCCCAGGUCUUUUAAUGACAAGCCCUGUAAUGCGUGCUGCCAGUAAUGUGUGCUGCCUUUUAAGUGAAGGAGUGACGGGCUUGUAAUUUGAGAGUCUGACCGGGGGUAUUAUUAUCUAAACCUAGCACACAGAGUCUGAACGGUCCAGAUGUUGUUCAAACAGACGCAGAGAAGGACGCGGCGAGGGUCUGUGUGGCUCGCGCCUGUUGAUUUAAUCAAAAACACAGGCACGAAAGCGGACUGGAAAGUUGCGAUAUCAAAUCAAGGACGAUUCUCCGCGAUUGAGCUGUUUCUGUGUCGGGAUCGCUCGGCAGCUGGGGCUCUGGACAUGCGUGGGGCUGGAGCAGGAGGGCUUGUCUAAAGUUUGAACAGCAGAGCCUUAGGUACUGUUGACUGUGAUAAGGCAGAGGUGGCUAGGAUGGCUUCCCCCCUCUUCCUACUGAUAGCCUGUCUGCUCUCGUUUCGUGUCGGAGGGGCUUUCUUUUCGGGACCCCUGCACCCCGAGAUGUCCAACGGCACCUUUCAUCAUUAUUUCGAGCCUGACGGCAACUACGAAGAAAACGACGAUCCCGAAAAAUGCCAGAUGCUGUUCAAAAUGACCGACAAUCGCAAAUGCACCCUGGACGAGGACCAGGACUCGGUGAUCCGGGACGAUUUCAUCAUCAUCAAGCGGCACAUCGAGGACGCGGCGCGGGUGCUGGAGGGCAUCAGCAAGAGCAUCUCCUUCGACCUGGACGGGGAGGACAGCUAUGGGAAAUACCUGAGACGGGAGACGACCCAGAUCGGCGAGGCGUUUUCCAACUCCGAGAAGUCCCUUCUGGAGCUGGAGGUGAAAUUCAAGCAGAGCCAGGAAAACGAGCUGAAAGAGGAGCACAAGGUCAGCGACGACUUCCUCAACAUGAUCGUGCACACGCGGGACGUCCUGAAGGAGACCCUGGACAUCUCGCUGGGACUGAAGGACAAGCACGAGCUGCUGUCGCUCAUCAUCCGGAGUCACGGGACCCGACUGAGCCGCCUGAAGAACGAGUACAUGAAGGUGUAGAGAGGACUGUCUGCCUGCUUCAGGAGAUACCAGGCAAAGCUCAGUCGGACUCUGUGGCAAGGCAUUUUAACAUGAACUCCUUCGAAUUAAGUAGUACUUGUUUUUAGUAAAUAGCCAGUGUUCCAAAUAAAAUAGUCCCAGUCGUCUUUAUGUAAUAGCUAUACUACUGCACGUAAUUAUUCGGUUCAAAUUUAUUGCUGUGAGACAUUAGUGUCGAUCCUAGCUGUAAUUACUAAUAAAAAUCAGGAACAUAUUUAGAAAUGUUUUUGUUACUUUUCCCAUACUUAUAAUAUGUAUUAAUCGCUAUUGGAUUGCUUACCAAAUUAAGUACUAGUAGCAAAACAAUAUACUAUUUAUUUUGAAGGAACACAUGCUAUUUCUCUCUAACUACUUGGCAACAUGAUGCAGCUAUUCUGUGCAAUAAAUGAAAGCCAGUAUUCACUUAAUAGCGGCAAUCUUACGUGAUGGGCAACCGUUUAAAUGCUUUAAAGUUGGCAAUACUGCCCUUAAAUUCCAGUCUUUAACGACACUUGCAGAUUAUGAUAAUAUGACUGGAAUCUCAGUCUAACCAAUAUAGAGGCUUUACCUCUCAGAGGAGAUAUACAAAACACUGAGUUAGUGUCAGCGUUGACUUUCUCCGAUAAUGAUGUCGGGUGUAUUUGCAUUUGCUCAAUUGCAUUGGCAUUACUUGAAUGUUUCAGAGAAAAUUCAUGUUGGCUAAACAGAAGGAAUAUAGUUUUCAUUGUACAAAUGUUAACUGUCAUAUUAAUAUUUAGUUUAUAUAAGAGCAUGUACUUGGAAUAGUUUUUAGCAUUCAGUCCGACAAUCCUCCCAAAGAUACUGGCACAAACAUAUUAAAAACGACAUUUUUUUAUGACACACUUGGAGGAAUAAAAACACAUUUGCUCUUCUUUGUACAUGUAAUUACGUUCGGUGUGCCCCAGGAAAUCUCUAUAUUUUAUAAUGAGCUUUUAAAAUAUUAAACUGUGAGUGUUUAUAUUUAUGAAGAAGCAUAACUGUAUUCAUUUUAUGAAACUGUACAUGUUGCAUUAAGUAUUCUUGUAAUCCUCUGAGAAGUAUGGGAAAAAAGACCAUCUGGGGUGACAUAUUCCAGACAAACCAAGAUGACUGCGGGCAGGAUUAUUGGACUUGAAGUGAUCUACCAUGUGUGGUUCCAUUCCUGAAAUACAGUAUAUGUUGUGUAUAUUCCUUUUUGUAAUAAAAAUCUUCAAGAUAA